AUGGGAUACGAUUUAUGGCUUUGGUGGAUGGGAUCUCUUUCAUUUAUUAUUGUUAAUCCAUUUCUUGGACCACAUUUAGUUUCGAUUGGAAAGAUGUUGAAAAAUUUAGCAUUUUUUGCUAUUUUAAUUGCUAUUGUUAUGACUGCUUAUGGUGUAGCUUCACGAUCGAUGGCUUUUUAUGGUGCAUUUGAAUUUAGUAUUCGUAAUGUACUUCGUUAUGUUCUAUAUCCUGUUUAUUAUUUACUCUAUACAAAUGUAUCUGGUGAAUUAAAUGGAUUAGACGAAUCGAAACAUGACAGUCCAAGUAUUGCUACGCAUAUUUUACUUGCUUUUCAUAUGCUUUUAAUUAAUAUUCUUCUUGUCAAUUUGCUUAUUGCUAUGUUUAAUAAGAGCUUUCAAGAUGUACAAUCAAUUCAAUCGGAUAUUUGGAAUUAUCAACAAUAUAUGGUUGUUCGUGAAUAUUAUGAUCGACCACCAUUAUUUAUUCCGUUUAGUACUAUAUUUGAUAUCAUAACUUUGAUGAAAACAUUUUAUCAAUGGUAUCUUCGAGUGCGUUAUAAUUAUGCUAAUCCAUCAGAACGAGUGUUUAAAGUAAUUGCUGUUCAACCGGAACUUGAACUUGCUUGGCAAGAAUUUGAGAGUGCAUCAACUUAUGCUUAUGCGCAACAUGAAGCAUUAGCCAAAAUUAAAAGAAUAACUAUAGAGAAUGCAACAUGUUCACAAGAAUCGAAUACAAGUGGAAUAAGAUCUAUGGACGAUGUUGAAUCAUUUGAUAGAAAUAUUACUAAAAAAGAGACAGAUGCAAUUAUUCAGCUACGCAAUGAAUUCAAAGCAGCAAUUAAAGAUCUUCGAAAUGAUAUACGUCUUAUCACAAAGCAAAAGUGA